AUGGUGCCCUCCUCUCUGCGCCUCUGCCUCCUGGCCGCAACCCUCUUCCUGAUCAACAUGACAACGGCCCUCCCCCUCAUGAGCCGCGACAUCGAAUGGUCCUUCACACUAUUCCCCACCUCCUCCUGCAACGCAACUGGCGACCCGCACGCUGGCUCAGGCAGCACAGGCUGUCGCGCAGACUUGAACAGCGUCGCCUCCGCUUACACCCUCUACUCCGUCGCCGAGGGCUGUCGCAUCGAAUUUUUCGAUAACACCAUGUGCGACGAGACCGAGCUCUCCGAUGUCGCUGGUCAGGUCAAUUCCACCAACACAUGCCACAUGGCCGGUCCCCGGCGUCGGUAUGGUUCUUACCAGGUGACCUGCGAGUGA